GCGCAUGUUCCACAGCAGGUUUCCUCCUCCCCGGCCCCGCCCCGUAUCUGCCCUAGAGGGGCACAUAUCUGCCAACACGCCUGCGCGAGCGGGCGUGCUCCGGAAGCAGUUCUUUGGCCCUGUGACACGUAGCAACGGGGCGCUUGCUUUGACGCGGCCCCUGUACCUCGUUCGCGGCCUUCCAGGAGUCUGCCCUUUCCCGGAAGGCCCAGGCCUUAUUUUGCAGAGAGACAGUCGCCUUGUCAGCAGCAGAGUCCGCCCUGAGAUAAUUUGCAAUGGCAGGGUUUGAUAACUUAAACACGGACUUCUACCAGACAAGUUACAGCAUCGAUGACCAGUCACAGCAGUCCUAUGAUUAUGGAGGAAGUGGAGGACCCUAUAGCAAACAGUAUCCUGGCUAUGACUACUCGCAGCAAGGCCCAUUUGUCCCUCCCGACAUGAUGCAGCCACAACAGCCAUACACCGGGCAGAUUUUUCAGCCAACUCAGGCGUACACUCCGACGACACCUCAGCCAUUCUAUGGAAACAACUUUGAGGAUGAGCCACCUUUAUUAGAAGAAUUAGGGAUCAAUUUUGACCACAUCUGGCAAAAAACACUGACAGUGUUACAUCCAUUAAAAGUGGCAGACGGCAGCAUCAUGAAUGAGACUGAUUUGGCAGGACCGAUGGUUUUUUGCCUUGCUUUUGGAGCGACAUUGUUACUGGCUGGCAAAAUCCAGUUUGGCUAUGUAUAUGGGAUCAGUGCAAUUGGAUGUCUAGGAAUGUUUUGUUUACUAAACUUAAUGAGUAUGACAGGUGUUUCAUUUGGGUGUGUGGCAAGUGUCCUUGGAUAUUGUCUUCUUCCCAUGAUCCUGCUUUCCAGCUUUGCAGUGAUAUUUUCUUUGCAAGGAAUGGUAGGAAUCAUUCUCACUGCUGGAAUUAUUGGAUGGUGUAGUUUUUCUGCGUCCAAAAUUUUUAUUUCUGCAUUAGCCAUGGAAGGACAGCAACUUCUAGUAGCAUAUCCUUGUGCUUUGUUAUAUGGAGUCUUUGCCCUAAUUUCUGUUUUUUGAACUGACUUUAUCUGGCAUGUGGACAUCAUUGGGCCAAAAAGGACUUUGAACCCUUAAAUUGGACCAGCGAACUGCUACAGUGCAACUCUCAUGCAGACCUAACAUUUGACUGUUGGAGCAAUGGAAGUAAACAUGUAUCUUUUGUUCAUUUUUAUAGAACUUUUGAAUACUGUGUUGGAUUUGUCUGCAGUAUGACUAGCUUUAAGUGUUUGUGCUUAUACACAUAAGAAUAAGAAGUGCUAUUUCUCUCCUGUUCCUGCAGCCUUUGAAGAACGAAUUUUUUCCUGGCAAAUUACAUUAAGAUGUUUUUAAUAGAUUUUUACCAACUGUGGGAAACUAACCACAGAGCUAAAAAUCUUUCUUAGAAACAGCCCAGCCUUAGUUAAGAAGACACGAGACUUACUGCAGAAAUAUUUUUCCAAGGGAUUAGGAAAGAAAAAUUGCCUGUAUUCUCGAGUUAGAUGCACUUGAAGCAAAAAGUGAUCCCAAAGUAGAAUUUACGAGUUUGCACUUCCAAAAUUUGACAUUCCUUUAAAUUAUCUCAUGGAGUUUUUGCUAAAAUUCAACGAGACAAGAAGUUCGUAGUCUACUUUAUUGUAGACAGGAAAUGUGAACACCUGUUAAGAUUAGCAUUAACUAAACCAUAGUGACCCAGACUGGCCACAUUAAUGUUCAUAGUUGGAUCUCCAUAUUUCCUACCUUUUUUUGAGAAAAAUAUUUAAAAUGUCACAAUUUCAGUACUGCAGUUAUCAAUGUAAAAUGCAUUUGAUGCUUAGUAAUUAAAAUUUUCCCAGUUUUAACUGCUGUUGAGUUGACUUUUGCUGUUUUCGGUAUCACAUUUUCUUUAACUAGGUUCUGGUUUUAACUUGUAUUCCUGAUUUAUCCUAAGUUUUAAGAACAGAAAUCAUUUAGUAUAAAAAUCAGAAAAAAAAAGGAUUAAGUGAAAGGCAAUUUGAGUUACAACAUUAUUUCCUUGUAUUAAAUUUAUUUGGUUAAUGUCAUGCUCUCUUGCCAGAGAAUCUGUAGGAAAAUGCUGUAUCUUGUAUUUUGAUCAUUGGCUUUUUCUGAAAAAACUGCCUCUGAUUUUGGACAAGCUCAGUUACACUUAUGAGAAAGGUGCCUUGUGGGGAGGAAAAUGUUGCCUUUUUUAAAAAAGGAGAAUUUUAGACUAAGAAAACACCAAACUGAUGUUAAUUGUUGUUUUUAAAAGGUAGUGUUCAAUCAAAAAGGUUAAGUUAAUAAAACAUAUUUCUUAUAAGAUCAUGAUUUCUAAUCUCCGGAAUCAUGUAAAUUUGUUUUUCUUCAUUAAUACUUAAUCUUCUGGAGGAAUACUCUCAGUAAUAAUUCAUUUCUGGCUGGGUUUUCAAACUUACCCCAAAGUGUUUUAGAAUAUUUUUUAUUGUAAUCCGUGGGUAGUAUCUUUUUUGCCUCUUUCAGUUUAGUUUUAUAAAUACACUAAUCUGGGCGCCUGGGUGGCUCAGUUGGUUAAGCGACUGCAUUUGGCUCAGGUCAUGUUCCUGGAGUCCCGGGAUCGAGUCCCACAUCGGGCUCCCUGCUCGGCGGGGAGUCUGCUUCUCCCUCUGACCCUCCUCCCUCUCAUGCUCUCUGUCUCUCAUUCUCUCUCUCAAAAAAAAAAAAAUUAAUAAAUAAAUAAAUACACUAACCUUGUUAAGGCAGAUAUGAGUGCCUUCUGUUAAUAUCCAGUUUUUCCUAAUGAACAGGAUAGGUGAUGCUUUGGGAAUUAAAUUUUCUCACUGUUGAUUUUAGACCAUUAAUCUUCAGCCAGAUUCCCCAAAUUGUUUUCUUAUUUUUUGCCUCUCCCAUCCCCAAGAUAAUAAUUUUUAAUUUAAGUCAAUGUUGAGAAAUUUUUGUUGUUAGUUGUCUUAUUUAACUCCAAAGUGAUUAGGUAUAAAACCAUCUUAUAUAAGCAGUUACUCUGUCAAAACAGCUAUACAGUAGAGUUGUGUUUAAUGCAAGAGCUUAGUUUUAGUUUGGUACCUGAAGAGUCAUGUAUAGCCAAAGUUUCCCUUCUAAAAAAAAAAUUUUCUUUAAAAUACAAUGUAUGUAGCUGUAUUUAUGCAUACUUUAAAAGCUGAAAAACUAUUUCAAAAAGUUAUGUGUGGUGAAUUUUUUCUGUGGCAUUGUAGUAGAUUUUUGUUUCCACAAUGAAGUUCCAGGAAGAGCAUCUAAUCUAGCUUGCUUUUAGGGCCCAUUUUGUACCAAAAACAUAUAUGUACCAUUAAAUACUAGAGAUAACGGAGUAUAGCUACAAGCUCUCUUAGUGAUCGCUCCUGAGUAACACACUCACUGUGAAUGGAUUUUCAGGCUCUCUCACUCAAGCUAGAGUGUUGUUUAUUUAUGCAUGCCUUUAUGCCAAGGACAGACCGUUGCUUUUUUGUAUGGUAUAAAUGUAUAUUUUAUGACUUUUAAUACCAUGUUAUAUUGCCAUGUUUACCAGUGGGUGCUUUCAAGAGCUAUAUAACUAGGCUUGUAGGAAUAGGCAUUCUUUCUCCAGAUACUGUUAUAAAGAUAGUGCAAAAUUCUAUAAAUCGUAAAAUGCUACCUAUUGUCACAUACUACGCAUCCAAUCAAAGAGAAUUUUAAGAAAUGUAUCUAAUGACAUAUUUUGGGUAGAAUUUAAGUACUGCGCAUUUGACAUUUUGCAAGUUUAUUUGUAACCUUAAUGGGCGUUGCUCAACUCAAAUAUACUCCAAAUCUAGGAAGGACAGUUAUCUCUGAAGCUCAAAUUAUACAGUUAUUUUUAUAGUAUUUGUUACCUACAAAAGAGCCUUUCCUUUCUGAGAUUAGACACUUUUUUCCUUGUAAAUGGAAGAAUUAAUUUAGAACUUUGGGCAAAAGGAGAACUAUAGAAAUUGAAAUCUUACCCAAUAGGGUAUUCUUUUUUUUUUUUUUUUAAAGAUUUUAUUUAUUUGAGAGAGAGAGAAUGAGAGAGAGAGAACACAUGAGAGGGGAUAGGGUCAGAGGAUGAAGCAGACUCCCUGCCGAGCAGGGAGCCCUAUGCGGGACUCGAUCCAGAGACUCCAGGAUCAUGACCUGAGCCGAAGGCAGUCGCUUAACCAACUGAGCCACCCAGGCGCCCCCAAUAGGGUAUUCUGACCUAGUUGUGGAAAAUUGUGGGAAGUCAGAACCACAUUUGGAGAUCUGCCUAUUGUCAUAUAGAGCAGAGCUAAUGUAAUGACUCAGACAAUUUGCUUAACUUGCCCUGUAGCAGAAAUUUUAUUUUUAUUUAUAUAUAUAUGUAUGUAUAUUUAUGUAUAUACAUACAUGUAUGUAUGUAUAUAUAUGACAAGGUGUUCAGCCUUUCAUAAAGUAUUUUCAAAAGUUUUCCAAGAAAUAUAGAAUGGUACAGAUCAUAGCAUGAAGAAUAGCAUUGGGUUUUCAAAACUCUAGUGAGAGCAGGCUUCUACCCAAAUAAUGCUCCAAGUUAAAUCUAUCCUCACAAACUAUUCACUGAUUCAUUUUGUGAUGUCAUGUCAAAUUCUAACUACUGGUUACCAAGUGAUCUCAAUUUUUAUAAAUUCCAAUUUAUUUGGAAAUGAAAGCUUAAAGGAUUUCUUAAGCAAUUUCAUCUAAUGAUAUGCUUGUUUCAAAAUAGGAACUGUAAGAAUGAAACAUUUAAAAUUUGGCAAAAACAAAGUACUUUUUCAGAGAGUUACAGUGAUUAAUGGGAGAUUCAUUUUUCUUCUUACGAUGUAUUUAGGAUUUGGGGGAAGGAAUGGCAAUAACAAGAUACCAAGGUUUAUUGUGAAUCCCGUAAGGAAACAUUGGAUCAUGUGCUUUUAUGAAUAGAUAAGAAUGAUCUAUCAUUAGCUUGUCAAGAAUACAGAGUUUACUUUCAAACAGCCUGAGUAAAGCCUGUCCUAAUCACCACUCUCUACAAUCUGUGCUACUACUAUUUUAUACCACCAAUGAAGAAAUAAUUGAUUUUUAACUCUGCUCUGCCACCAUCCAAAUUAUUGAAAUUUGAAUUUUAGUAUAGCUAUUACUUGAAUUUCAUUAAGCUGCUUUUGUUCAUUAAUAACUAAAUAUUCAUAACUGGGCAGUAGGUAAUAUAAAACGUUAAGUAUUAAAUUAUCGAUUUCUAGGGAUUGGCAGAGUAUUUAGUUAAAAAUGUUUUAUAUUACCAAAUGUAUAUCUCAGAACUGUGAGUAUGCAAACUGAAGAAAGAAAUCUAGUAGUGUGCAGUUAGGAUUUUUGCAUCAAGAUAGGAAUACUUCUGCCCUUGUGCACCAAGUUCCUACUUUGAUUAAUGAAGAACAUUAUCUGCUGAUGGAGCACAGUGUCCUGUGUUUGUGCAAAUAAAUUAAAAUGAUUACAUACUCAAAUGAGGACUAAUUAAAUACAGAGCUGUUCUCCUAAUUUAAAAGCACAGAUACUUUCUUCAGCACAUUAGGUUCUGAAAAUCGGAUAUUACGUUUUGUGUGAGCCUAACUGAUUAGGCUUACCUUGCAUAUAUAAAUUUGGUUUAUUUCUGAAACUACCACUAAAUCUGAUAGCAUGUGGGGUGAUUAAUUAUGCAUUAAGGUGUUUAAAAUAGCUUUUCAACACGAGCAGCACAAAAAGAAUUUUAAAAAUGAGAAGACAAUGAAAUGCUCAGUAGAUACAUUUAAGAUACUUAAAAAUUUAUAUACCUACUUGGCUUAGUCUGAUUAUCUUAAAAGUAGAGAAAGCAAUAUGGUUAUUUCAUUUUUUUCUUCAGGUAAAUAUAGUUCAAAAGUCCUUGUAAAAUUUCAUGUUAAAUUUGCUUACAGUUUUCAGUUUUGUGAUCUUUGAUAAUGCUAUAGGUCUUGAUAGUCCUUUCUUUAGGCAGCCAAUGGUCCUAAAAGUCCUACUAUGUUAUAUGGUUUUUUUUCAAAAUAGGAGUAUCUUUAUUUCCUUUUCCUGUUACAUGCCAUCAUUACGAUAAAGAGUAAUACCUCUAUACGGCAAUAGAAAGGAACAGCGGUUUAUUGAUAAGAUGUUUUAAUAGGAAUGACCCUCAGAAACAUUAUGCUAAGAAAAAAAAGCCCUAUUAUAGGAAAGACCACAUACCCAUUUAUAUGAAUUUCUAGAAAUCUGUAGGGACAACAAAUUAGUAGUUGUCUAGGGGUAGAAGUGGGAAUUGAUUGCUCAGGAGCAGGAGGGAGCUUUUUGAGUGAUCCUGGUUGCACAACUGUAUGUUUAUUAAAAUCAUUAAAGGGUACCCUUAAAACGUGUUAGAUUUUAUGAUACGUUAUUAGUAUGGAGGGUGAGAAUGGGAGGUAGAGGAAACUGCUAGAACAUCUGUAUAUUUAGAGUUCAAGAGAAAAGAAGGAAGAAGAAUCCUAAGAUAGAUAUUCAUAGAGGAAAAAACAAUAAAGAACUUUUGACCAGAGGAAAAAACAUUGAGAUACCAAGGAAGAGAGAUUGCCACCCUCUUCAAAUUUCCCUCCCCACCUAACUCCCUUCAGAUUGAUUGGUUUGCGUUUUAGCAGACCACACACACAGGUGUCCUCUCCUCCCCACCUUGUACCCCCAGUGCCUUGUUCCACAUGAAUACAUACAUGCGCACUCCUCUUUUUUAAAAUUUUUAUUAAAAUCCUAUAAUGAAAUCCAUUUUAUUAAUUUGGUGGUUUUACUAUAUUCACAAUGUGCAACCAUCAUCACUCUCUAAUUUCAAAAUAUUUCCAUCACCUCACAAAGAAUCCCCACACUUUUCACUUUCCCACCUUCCAUACUCUGGCAACCAGUAGUUAUUUUCUGUCUCUGGGUUUGCUUAUUCUGGACAUUUCCUAAGAAGAGAAGCAUAAAAUGUGGCCUUUUGUUUCUGGUUUCUUUCACUUAGCAUAAUGUUUUCAAGGUCAUUUUUUUUUUAACUUCGCAAUCUAUUGUGGGCAUCAUAUAUGUUGAACAUUGAAAUUUUCUUCAUUCUUUUUCCUGACUGGAUACCGUUUUAUUAAAUGACCAGAAUUUAAUUUACUUCAGCAGUCCCCUGUUGUCAGACAGCUGGGAUCUUUGUACGGUUUUUAACCAUUUUAAAUAGUGCUGCAUUGGUACUGGCUUCUUCCAUUAUUACAGUGCCAUAUUUGCUUUUUAUAGUGCUCAGGUUAAUAAUUACUUACAUGCAGAAUUUAAAUUCUGAAAAUUUCAAUAAUUUUAUUCCCCAAUAGUUCUGUUUAGUAUGAGUCUAGUUUUUGAUUUGUUGAAGCAUGCAAGUCACAUCUAUGUUUGUACAAGCAUUGCUCUGUGAUUCUCUAUUACCUCAGCAUUUUUAUACUACUCUUAAGGAGUGGAAUGUGAACACUGGUAAAAGUAUCAUGUCCCGCCCACACUUCAAAUUAUUCCUACAUUAGAAGGGAAGACUUCAUUCAAAAUGAGCUGCCUUUUUUUUUCUUGCCCAUUUAGAAGAGUCAGUCUGACAGUGUCAUUUUAAGGUCACUGUUUUUACAUAGCUUUUUUUUUUUUUUAAAGUUCUGAAAUGUGCCCAUUUUAAUUUCUCCUUCAGUGGAUCUUCGUGCUCAUCUAAUUUACUCAUUUCAGAACAUCCCUACCAUUUAACUCAAUUGUGCUUUAGUUAUAUCAGUACUCAUCUUUAGAGAGAAUAUCAAAUAUAUGGUAUGAUCUGACAGUGACUCUGCUCAAGCUAGGCCUUGUCACCCAAUUUGUUCCUGUUUCAAUUCCCAGGAGUUGAAUUUUAUCAUGAUAGCAGUUAUAAAGACUAAAAUCAACAUCUCUACUUCAGACAUCUGCAGAAAUCAGUUUGUUAUAUCAAUUUUUCUUGAGCUUUAAGAGUUGAAUUACUUAAUAAAAUGAUUUAAAAUGCUUUCCUUUUGCUUGUUUUUUGUUUGCAUGGAGUUGUUUGUUUAGAGGGUAUAUUUUGCUUUGGUGUUGUAUUUAUGGUAUUUUAUAGCUUGCUUUUUUUUUUAAAGAUUUUAUUUAUUUGACAUAAAGAGUGUGAGCACAAGCAGGGGGAGCAACAGGGAGAGGGAGAAGCAGGCUUCCCACUGAGCAGGGAGCCCGAUGCGGGCUCCAUCCCAGGACCCUGGGAUCAUGACCUGAGCCAAAGGCAGAUGCUUAACUGACUGAGCCACCCAGGUGCCCUAUGCCUUGCUUUUUUAAUGCACUUUAAAAAAAAAAAAAAAAAAACUGUUUCUGAACUGUUUAAAUGUGGCACAUAUUUAUCACUGCAUGAGCAGUCCUAUUGAACAGCAUCUUCCAGUUUAAAUGCCAAUUCAGAUACUCCUUGCAUGUCUAGGUCUGUCACAAGGUCAUGCUUAACCCAGGCUCAGUUUUUACCAUCUCUUCAGACUAUUUUAUUCUGACUGGUCUAGGUCACAAUCUUCCUGGGAUAACAUGGCUUUGGCUUUUUUUUUUUUUUUUUUUUUUUUUGGUUUUGGCUUUUUCUAUAAAAAAUUCAAUCACUUAUAUGGUUUAAUAAAAGAUUAAACUGCAUCUACAAUGAGAGGAAUGUUGUUUAAAUAUGGCUCUCCUUGAUCAUCUACUGUGAACCAAAAAUAGAAUUUAAUAUCUGACAUGAGUUGUACUGACUUUGUUUUUAUUCAUAUCACAAAAAUAAGAGAGAAUCAUUUAUGAACAAACCAUGGAACCUCUGUCUUAACCUGGAUCCCCCCUAGAGGCAGAACCAGAGCUCAGCUGAGAGCAUCAAAGUCAAGACUGAAUUGAAGGUGAUAGCAGGGACUCUGAGGCCCUAAGAGAAUCAGCAGGGGGAAGGUUGGAGAGAUUGUGCUAACAUGUACUAGGAAAUUUUUCUACUUAUGUUAUAUGAACAAUGAUAUAAAAUUUUUAGUGUAUCAGAAUACAGCCUAUUUACAUUAUUGGUGUAAAAGCCAUGAGUGCUAAAAGUAAAUCAAACAGCAGCAAGGUAUGUUAAUUUUGUAAAUCAAUUUUAUCAAGAAAGUCAUAUGUAAAGCAGUUUUUCAACAUCCAGACUACAUAAGGCAAUUCUUGCUGAUACAAUCAUUUUGCAGAACCUCUCACAAAUUCAUUUUAGCCCUAGGGUUGGGAAAUUUCUCUUCCUCACUACUUUAAAUUGCUCAUGCUGCAAUUAGAGCUUCAGUCUUCUUGCUCUUUCUUUAUUGGAGAUGGGCUCAGGUCCUCUAAGACUGGGGCAGGGAACCUGUGGUCCCUGACCAAGAUCUGGAAGACAGUAUCCAUUCAGUACCAUCCUAAUUCUCUUCAUUUCAUCUGCCCCUUUCCUCUGCCAUGCUCAGUGUGCUCUGGCUGCUGGUACUGCUCCAAACAUAAUUUUUUCCACAUUGGCAAUUAUAAAAUUGAGAUUCAGAGCAGAUCUGAUGAAAUAGUUUCAGAACUAUAAAAAAUAGGCAGUUUUUCAACGUUUUUUUAUUUUUUUAUUUUUUUUAUUUUUUUUAAAAGAUUUUAUUUAUUUAUUUGAGAGAGAAUGAGAGAGAGAGAGAGCACAUGAGAGGGGGGAGGGUCAGAGGGAGAAGCAGACUCCCUGCCGAGCAGGGAGCCCGAUGCAGGACUCAAUCCCGGGACUCCAGGAUCAUGACCUGAACCGAAGGCAGUCGCUUAACCAACUGAGCCACCCAGGUGCCCUUUUUCAACGUUUUUAAGAGAAACGUAUCUACUGCCGAGGGUACGGCUUCUAUCCUUGCCUUUCUGUCUCUAUGCUUUUGGUGUCGAGUUCAUUCAAAUUCUAGUUGACCCUGAUUCAGAAAUGAGAUGUAUUUGUAGCAUUUGUUGUGCAUGUCAAAGUUUUAUGUGGCCUAUUCUCAGUUCUUUAACAAAAAAAGUAAUAUUGCCUCUCUAAGUGAUGGGGAAAAUACUCUUGAUCUCUUUUUGCAGGUGAUAGAGGGAAGAAAUAAGGCCCUUGCUUGAAGUUUUCCUGGUUUCCUGGUUCAUUGGGGAAAUGCUUCCCUGCCUUGCUCAAUGAGCUUGUCCCAUUGAAUGCAGCUCCAAACUAUUAAGUUCCUACUGUGAACAAAGUCCUGUUUUUGGCUUCCUUCUUACAAGCUUAAAUAUUCUCUGCUUUAAUGCUUUUACUCACAACUUAACUUUCUUUUCUGAUUGCCCUUGGACUCUUCUCUAGAUCCUUCCCAAAUUCUUUAAUUGUGUAACCCAGCCCAGGACUUGCAUGUUUCAUGCACCUAGUGACAAGUAUCUAAACGGUCACCUGGCACUUCUUUUUGUGUGGCCAAGAAUGACAUGUUUCAUGUGUGCUUUUUUUAUGGGGAUUUUUUAUUGUGUUAUGACAUACGCAGAAAUUUUACCAGAAUAUAAGUGUCCAGCUAGUGAAUUUUUUUUUUAAGAUUUUAUUUAUUUAUUUGACAGAGACACAGCGAGAGAGGGAACACAAGCAGGGGGAGUGUGAGAGGGAGAAGCAGGCUUCCCACUGAGCAGGGAGCCUGAUGUAGGGCUCGAUCCCAGGACCCUGGGAUCAUGACCUGGGCUGAAGGCAGACGCUUAACGACAGCCACCCAGGUGCCCCAGCCAGCUAGUAAAUUUUCACAAAAUGAGCAUAAUCACAUGACUGGAUCAAGAAACAGACCUCAGAGCGUCUCAGCAGCCCCUCACAGGUCCCCAUCCACGUUCUUCCUGUCAUCCCCUGCUGAGUCCAAUUUAUGACCACUGUGAUGGAGCAUCACAAUCCUGGCACUUUUUUGUGUAUGCUUUUGAACUGUGAGCUGAGAGUGGAAAAUACAUACCUUACCACUAGCCCUGCUAAUAAUUGGUGAAGCCUUGAUUAUGUCAUUUUGUACUUUAAUUUUCUCUCUAUAAAAUGAAGAAUUUGUAUGAGAUUUAAGGCCUUUCACUUCUAAAAUACAGUGUAUAAUAUAUAUUGUUAUAUAUGUUAUAUACUUAUGUAUAUAAUACAUAAUAUGCAUAUAACUUUUGAGUUGGUAAUAAAAUCUCAGUCAUAUUCAAAAAAAAUAUAUUGGCUUGGGAAAAUGUUCCAUAUAUAUGUGUGUGUAUAUAUAUAUAUUUUUUUAAUACAUAUAUCUAUUUUAUAAUUUUAUUAACUGUAUGAAAUUAUAUAUAGAAGUAUGUAUAGAAUAUCUUUUUAAAAAAACCACAUUUUUCACCUGGGACAGGUAUUUUAUUAAGUGAGGGAAUUAAUGACUAGAUGCUCUUCUUUUCAGAGCUCUUGAAUUGAUCGGAAGAAGUUUUAACUAUACCGUAGGAGGAAAACAUGGUUUUGCCCUAAUAAGUCCUAAUGUAAUUUUUAGCUUUUAAAUAUUUUGUCCUUCUAAUUUAAUUGCAUUAAAAAGUAUCAAACAGGCACAUCACCCAUAGGCCAGAGUUUGCUACUCUACCAUUAGAGUGAUCCCUUUUUUGGGGGGUUUAUCAGUGCCCCUCUCAAUCUUAAAAAAAUAAUCUAAUUCCCUCUAAGGUAUCCAGGACUUCCAUCUAUUUUAGCACUGGCCUCCUGUGGUAUAGCAUUACUCUUCUCGAAAAAUCCAGUAGCCAUUUCCUUAGUUCAAUCACUAAAAUGUCUUGGACAAAAUAAAAGCUGUGCUACUCUUAAGGGCAGCAAUUACAUCCAUUUCAGCAACAUGGGAAGUACAGGAAAACCCAGCGUGGCUCUCAGAAGUCAAAGCCAGUAAAGGGACAGGAGGGCUUUUUUUUUUUUUUUUGGUUCUUUAUUAAUAAAAUUGAUUUUUAUACUUUGAGUAUGUAACAUAGAAUAAGAUAAAAAGUAUAAUAUAAUAAAUACCUGUGUACUCUACCUGUAGAUUGAGAUGUAAAAACAUUAAGUACAGUUGAAAUACCCUGUGUAUAUUCUAAUUGCAGCCCAUCUCUUCCCAGGAGAGUCACUAAUAUUCUGAAUUUUAGGCUUAUCAUUUUCAGCUUUCCUUUACAUUUUUACUAUGCAUGUGUUGUGUCUGUCCUUAAACAAUGUAGGAUUAUCUAGCAGAUUUUUUUAUUUUUACAUAAAUGACAUCACCCUGUUUUUCCUCUGUAACCUGCUUUUUUCACUCCUGAGUUUGUGAGAUACAGCUAUGUGCACUUCAUGAAACUCCACUUGCUAGUAUGUAGUAUUUCAUUAACAUAUUUCAGUAUACUGAUCAAACUAUGAACAUUAGGCUUGUCUCCAGUUGCUUGCUUUUACAAACUGGUGUAUGAACAGUCCUAUGCCUGUCUUGUGUGCAUGUGCGCGAAGUUUUGCCUAGGGACCUCUGUAGGGCUCGGGCUCCAUGUUUGCCCUCAUGGCUUGUGUCUGUCUUAUCCCAAAGCCUUAAGACCAGCCUCAGUAUUUUCUUCUAAGCAUGUUAAAGUUUUGCUUUUCACAUUUAAUUUUUUUUUAGUCCACCGGUAUAUAUGAAGUAAGGAUCCAAUUUUGUUUUUUCCCAUAUAUGAUACCAGUUGUUUCAUAAGCAUUUCCCCAACAGUCGGUCCAGAAAAGGGACACUGAAGCUAACCAUAAGGCACUUUCUAGGUUAGUGUGAAAAAGAAUGGAAGGAAAAAAGGAGCACCCCCUCCCCUGCCUUUAAAGAUAGGAAUCUUUCUUUAAAAUGUGUCUACCUUUUCCUCCCUCCUCUAGCCAGUGUCUCUGCUCUCACCUACAUGGAAUUGGCUUCAUUAGUAUGAGAUACAUGAGUUAGAGGAAGCCCUGCCUUGGGAUACUGUUACUUCUGAUCCCCUAAACCGAAGCUCUCCAGACUUCUCCUGUAAAAGGCCAGAUAAUAAAUACUUUAGACUCUCUAGGCCAAGAGGCGGAAUCAAGGGUAGUAUGUAUAUUGUGUGUGUGUAACACAUAUAUAUAAUAUAUGGCGUAUGUAUUGCUGGAUAAGUAUCAAAAAAGAAAAAUUGCCACAGAAUUUUUGACAAAAUAAAAACUAUAAUAAUAAUUGAGUACAAUUUUUGAUAACACAGGUCUACGAUUGUGUGGAAUGGAAUUCUUCCUGAUGAUCUAAUUUAGUUUAUUCCUCCUAACAACCCUGAUCAGGUAGAUAUUCCCACCAACGUUUCAUCUAUAAGGAAAAUGAAGUUCACACGAGAUUACCCUGAGACAUCAUUCGAGCCUAACUCCAGAGCUUGUGCUCUUAACCCUCAUAGAGUUUUCAUAGGGGGAUCGAUGUUAAGUUUUGUUUUAAACAGGAAGAAAUGGAAGUGCAGGGGUUCAGUAGCUUGGACAAGGUAAUACAGAUUGCUGUAGGGCUAUUGCUGUGUAAUUUCAAAGCCAUGUUCUUUCCCUUCUGACUAUUCUGCUGCUUUAAAAUUUCCAGUAAUCUCAGGGAUAAUGGCUGCAAUCAACAAAUCAGGUCCCAAGUUAUGGUACCAUUUUAAUUGAAAUGUUUUCAUACAAAAAAAAAAAUGUUUUCAUACAGAAAUCAUCAACUCUCUACAUUUUUUUUAAUUAUAUAAAUUGUAAAUGGACAUAUUAAAAAAAAAACCCAUAUAAUACUGAAGGGUAUUCUAUGAAAGGUAAAAAGUGAAAUUUAUUAAUUCAUUUUUUUGUCCUCUUCCAUUUUUUCUCUCCGUAUUUCUCUCUUUAUUUUUCUCAUAUUUUAUCUCUUUCCCUUUGGGGUGUGUGUGUGUGUUGUAAGAGCUAUUCAGAAUAGAAUAAAGCAGUACAUGCUCAAAAGUAGAAUUUAAAUCCUAGAGACAUAAAGGUGCUGUUAUUGACCCAAUGCAGUAGGAAUCUCAAAACUGUUAUGCAUUCUUUUAAUAGGUAAAUGGGUUUUAGUUUCCUGGCAUCAAAUCGGUGUUCAACAGGUGUUUACUGAAUGGCUAGUAUGUGGUAGAUUCUGAGAGUUACAAAUGAAAACACCUACCUCUGCCUUCAAGGAGCUCACAAGCUAAGGAGAUUCUAACAAAGCGAACUUGAAAGUAAAGGGAAAGCCUGAGUAAAUUCAUCCAGGGCAGAGAUUGUGUCAUCAUGGGUCUAGCACCUUAGAUCCUUUAUUAAGAAAGAUACAAGUUAAUUGAUGAUACCAGUUCCCAUUUGAUUGAUGCAUUUAAUAGGCAAUAAAUCCGAUUAACUUCAACUUUAAUAUAAAACAAAUCAACAAAAGCAUAAUCACUAUAUGCGUACCUGGCAUCAAGUGUGUAUUUAAAAAUGUGUUUUGGUGUGAAAUCAACAGCUAAAAGGUACUUGUUGCAUACCAUGUGCAGACCCCCUGCCAGACGUGUCACUUUCGUGUCUCCUUUAAAGAUCACAUCCAAUGAGGUCGGUAUUAUUAUUAUCACUGCUUUAGAUUAUUUUAAAGAUUCAAAGUAUUUGCCCAUUUGUUGCACAGCUAAAAAUGAGUAUAGCCACAAUUUGACCGAGAGAGUAGUUAUGUAAUCUUGAAAGGAUGGUGACAUUUGAAAAGAAUUCAUGCUGCCUUAUAAUUUAUUUGCAAUCCUAAAGGGAAACUAGAAAAAAUAAAUCAUAUGCAUGACACUGAACUGAUAGAUGAAUUAAAAUUUUGCCUCGUCUCCCAAAGGGCUUUUUUUUAAGGACAACAAAUCAGAAGCUGAGCUAUCUCUGAGGUUUGGAUUAGGGAAUUUGGGUUCAGUUCUGAAAUGAACUAGAGAUGUGUGCUUCUAGUUCUAAAUUCUAGAUUAUGUGAGAGCAUGAAGCUCUGACCCUCCCAGGUGUUAUUACUUUAUUGAGCAGCCUCCUGGAGAAUUCCUUUGGGCGCUGUGGUUAUGUUGUAUAUGCAGUUAUGUGUAUGCUUUGUAUGUGUUCCCGCACAUGGAAGGGCCAGGUAAAAGUGGAUAGUGUUUGGGAGAAGGGAAGAAAGAAAGAGAGAAAGAGAGAGAGAGGAAGAAAGAAAAAGAAAGAAAAAGAAAGAAAGAAGGAAAGGAAGAAAGAAAAAGGAGAAAGGAAAGAAGGGAGGAAGGAAGGGAGGAGGAGGAGGGAGGAAGGAAGGAAGAAAGAAAGGAAGGAAGGGAAGGAAGGAAGGGAGGGAGGGAGGAAGGAGAAAGGAAGGAAGGAAGGGGAAAGGAAGGAAGGAAAGAAAGAAAAGAAAGAAAAAGAAAAGGAAGGUAAGAAAGAAAAAAGAAAAAGAGAAGGAAGGAAGGAAGGAAACAGAUUCUACCUCUGGCUCUGCCCCUAACCCAUCAUAUAGCUUUCAGGAAAGUUAAAUUUUAUGCUCCCUAUGAAAUGAAGAUAAAAAUGAUGUCUCUGCCCACUUCACUGAACUCGAGGAUCCAAAAAGACCAUUUAUGUGAGAUGGUUUUACAAAACCCAAAGAGCUACACACAGUCAGGGCACUAUUUUUAAAAUAACAAGCCUGGCUAUAUGCUCAUGCACUGGCUAUGUUAACCUGUGGUUGGGGGAAAGCCAGGGCUCAAGCCAGAUGCCCUGAAGCAGAGAGCUGGCCUGUUCACACCAAGACCAAGAGAAGACUAGUUCAACUGUUUUCGAAAGUCUCUCCACGUUUAAAAUUCGUCUUUGUCAGGAGAAAAUACAGUGGUUAAGAGCCCAGGCUUUCUAAUUCGACCAGUUAGAGCUCAGAAGCUAGCUACCCACCCCCCCAACCCUGGAAUCUUGUGGGAAUGUCCUCUCUCAGGUUCAUUUGUCUCAUCUGUGGGACAGGGGUAACUAUAGCAGCUGCAUCCGAUGCUCUGUGGAUUAAUCGGGCAAAAGAAUGCUUAGGACUUAAUAUGGUGCCUUGUAAAAUGAAAGCUGGUGGUGGUAGUAUGUAGAAUAUAUUAUUACGGACAGUAGUAGUCUCAGCAAUAGUAAUAGUGUCCCAAUAUCACGAGGAAACUUGGACGAUUUUUUUCUUACAAUUAUGAGUAUAAUUUCUUGGGACCUAAUUUGCACAUAUUGUGCUAAACAGUGGACCAGUGUUCUUGCACACAAUUUUCACUUGCUUUUGCUGACUGAGGGACCUUGACCAUGGCUUUCAUUCUGUGGAAUUGAUUCAUAGAGUCACAUCGUGUUUGCACCUCACUGCAGAGACUUUUCUUAAAAUGCACUCAGCAUUUGCAUAUUAGUUAACAUUUCCUUACUGAGAUUUAUCCAUUUUGUCUCAAAACAAGUGCCUGGUCACUCAACUUGGUAUGCACCUCUGAAAAUAAGUUUGAUGAAAUGCACUAUUAGCAUUUUCUUUGUUUCCUGGAGGUUAAUACAGUUGAAGAAUAACAUGAAUAGUUAAAAGUCCUAAAGCAUAAUUUGAAGGAGUGUCAGCAAACCUGUAGUUAUCAUAGUAGUACUUGGGCAAUAUCUCAUUUCCACUUAGCUUCAGAGCUAUAAAUAGUUGUAAUUUGUUUUCUUUGUACACUUAGUGGAUUAAUUACAGGAAAACAAGCCAAGUGAUAUUGUAGCAGUUGGCUAAACUUGACAUAAACACGAUAAUUAAAAUGAUUGCUUUUUAAUUUAUCCCCUUUUCAGGAGUUUAAUGAGCUGAAUCUACAGUGUUAUAAGAGUUAAAGAAUUUGAUUUGAGAAUCACUGGGCUCUUCUAUCAAUGUGUUCUCAUUGUUAACAGUGGAUUUCAGUGCUGCUCAAUAUUGUUGGGAGUUGCCUUCAGAAAGGAAACACCUGGGUCCUGCUUCCAUGAGAUAUCUGCUUAGUAAAAAGUGUAUUGUUUCCAUCACACCUACAUCACCAUGUAAUAAUUACGUGUUUCCAUUUACCUAUCCAAAUUGAUGCUAGUAACACACAUACAUGAGAAUGCACACACAUACACACCCUUGAAAAAGGAUGAAAACGAGAAACAGUUUUCUCUGCCAUCAGUAAAAGUCACAUGUUUAUUUCAACAUGUCUUCCAACAAGCUAUAUGGUGCCUCAGCAUUACCCAAAGCAACGAUCGGGCUCUCCUGCUCCCCUAGUCUGUCCCUUGUUCCUAGAUGUCUGAUUACAUCUGGAAAGAUACUGCUUUUGUUAAUGUACAAAAGGAGGGCCACUGGGAAGCAAGGAAAUGAAAAAUGGUAACUGCCAAAGGUCUAGUCCUUUCAUCCUAAAAAGGUUGCCUGAGCCACUCUUGGCCCUCCCAUUAUGUUCCUUCAUGGUUUGCCAAUUAACUUUUCCCAGUGCUCAAGGGUCACUGAUCUGGGCAGCAUUCUUUGGUUUCCCCUCCCACUGAUUCCCAGCAAAGCUGUUAUAAAUGCCCUGUACUUCCUUUUUGAUUUUCCCUUAGUGGCUGGGUUGCUUUGUGAGAAUUUGAUGCACAGGUUUAAACAACCUCUUUACAAAGCAGAGACAAAGCAAAAAUAGAACGAGAGAAGUACACUCAAAUGGGCUAGAAUGAAAGCAAACUUCAGCUGCAAACUUUUUAAUUGAAGUACCUGGAUUUUUGUUGCUUUUAAGAAUUUUAAAACAGAGCACACCUGAAAGAUGGGGAUAUUUUAUUCCCUCUGUGUAUCUCAGAAGGAUUUUCCACUUCAUAUCUGACUUUGAACAACUCUCCAUAUAGUCUGCAUUUAAAAUGUCAAGUAAUUUCACCUGACCUUUAGUAAAGACGGGUUCAACUGGCAAUUGGAGAAGCUUAUGCCCUGCAAGUUUCUCUAGUGUUCCCAACACUUUUUGAAAUAGGGACUGCUCCUCAGAACUCAAUUCUGGGCCCUCAGUUGUCUGUCAUUACAUCCUGCUCUCCAAGGCAGUUUAUUUGCUCUUACAGAUCGAACUCUUGCUUCCCUGUUAGAGAUAACCAAAACUAUAUCCAAAACACUAGCCCCUCACCCAUGCUCAAAUCCCUAUCAUUAACUGCCUGCUGGACAUUUCUUUAAGAUGUACCCUUGUCAAUAAACUCGAACCCAACAUAGGCACAGUGAUUGGAACUCAUCUUCUCCCUUCCUCUCUCCUCGGCUCUAACAGGCUGCCUCUGCACAAUCCACAGUUCCCCCCUCCCUGUUCUUCUCCAUCUCCAUCUUUCUCUCACAGCCAUUCCAGUGAUGAACAAGCUGUAGAGUCAGCUUCAUUUGAUGUCCUCUCUCCCCAGCUUCUUACAUCCAUGCACGAGGGAAGUCUUCUGUAUUCUUUCAUGUCUCUGCUGUGCCUCCUUCCUCUACUGUACUGUGAAUAAUCAUCCAGGUUUACAUAAACAUUUAUUCAACCAAAGCAUAUUAGUCUACAGGCUUUGUGAUAGGCACGUGGAAGAGCUGAUGUUGGCAAAGAAAUUGCCAUGGCAAUGAUCAUAGCAAUUGCCCUGAAUUCUUACAAUACUUCCCUAAUUGGUAUCUUGGGAGCCAAUACCUUUCCAUCUCCUAUCCAUCGGGCCACAGAACAACCCCUCUAAAUACAACUUUGAUAAUAUUUUUUCUAAAUAUCAUGUAUUUAACUAACUCUGUUAUAGAUAUACUAUGAUCUAAAACCUGUAGAACUCUUCAUGUAGAACAUCAUAGGUCACGCAGCUGCGUUUUGAAUCAUGGUUGUGUGUCCACAUGGCUGUGGAAUACCAUGUCACCUUCAUCUGCCAGACGCAUUUCCUCCCAAAACCUCAGCAGACCAACUCCCUUGGGAUGCGGGGACAGGGGCUUAGUCUCAUACGGCCAGAAGCAAGAAUCUCUGUGGAAUAUUGGAGUAUCCAAACCAGUGAGGUCCAUGGAUUAACUAACUUCCCAGUUGAACAAGUUCAGCACCAUUUAGUGCCAAAGCCACUGCCCGUGCCCAUCAUGCCAU